CCCCCUGCUGGUCACAUGUGCGGUGAACGUGAAAAAUACAUCAAUCUUCACAGUCUGAAUCCUAUGUUUGCAGAGCGGGACAGAAUCUACUGUAACGACUGUGAGUCCAGGAGCGAAUCCGACGGAGAGAAUCCACGAUGGCUGCAGGACGGAAAACGGUACAAAUGUGACCGCUGCCAGGCCAUGUUCUGCUACAACGGGAACCUAGCGAGCCACAAAUCCAUCCACGCAGGGGGAGAGAAACCGUACCGCUGCGGCGUGUGCGGAGCGCAGUUCAACAGACCCGCCAAUCUGAAGACACACUCACGGAUCCACUCGGGAGAAAAACCGUACAAAUGUGAAACCUGCGGCUCGCGCUUCGUCCAGGUGGCUCAUCUGAGGGCUCACGUGCUGAUCCACACCGGAGAGAAACCGUACCCGUGUGACAUCUGCGGCACGCGCUUCCGCCACCUUCAGACGCUGAAGAGUCACUUACGAAUACACACGGGAGAGAAACCUUAUCAUUGUGAGAAUUGUGACCUGCACUUCCGCCACAAGAGUCAGCUGCGUCUUCAUCUGCGACAGAAGCACGGCGCCGUCACCAACACCAAAGUCCAGUACCGCAGAAACAGAACAGACCUGCCCGUCACCUCCUGAAAACACAUCAAGCUCUUCAGAGACAUUUCAGUUCCUUCAGUGAGGAAAUCCAUCAGAAAUACAAACACGCACGGUCUUGCCAAUGAUCGUGUUUACUCAUUGCAUAUCGUUUCUUAAAUACGGAUUAGUUCACCAGCACAUUCUGGUUUAGCCUGCAUGAUUGCAUCAUGAUGCUUUAUGAUUUUACUGUAAAUACUGACUUCCAAGCAUCGUACGUUAAGUUCUUGUCAAUGCAGCCUGGGUCAUAGUCUCUGUAAGGUCUCUAGUAUUUAUUUUUUAUUAAGAAUGCUAUUUCACUCCCUUUUCAGUAAAACUAUGCAUUGUAUGUAAUAUAUGUCAGGGAAAAUUGGUACAAAAAUAAUUAUGCAAUUGCAGUGUGUAUGUUUCGUCCGUGUGGUACAUUUAAAGAAGCUCUUCUUUGACAGUUAUAUUGGAUUUACAUGUAUUUGUACAGCUGUUUUUGGUACUAGAGGGCCAAAGGUCUUUGCAAUUAAAUAUUUCUUAUCAAACAAA